GUACGACGAUACUCAAUGCACAGUGAACAGCACUCGAGCUGAUGCUGGCUUGGCCUCUCUGCGCAGGGUUCACAAGAUACACAUCAAGGAGGGGAAGUGUGUUGUUAAGGUUGAAGAAGAGCCGCUGCCGACUCUGCCGUCUACUGCGACGAAUGCUUCUACCACGCCGACUCCAACUGAGACUACUACUAAUUCUACGAAGGUCCCGAAUGAGAUCGGAGCGUUCGCUUCAACAGCGGCCGAGCCCGAA